CACACACAGCCUGUAGGAGGAGGUAGUCACACACACCCUCAGGGAAGGAUUGCUGCUGCUCUGUUACUUGCAGAAGAUGUGAUUUUUUUUUCCUGUUUCUGUCUGUAUUCCUGGUUUGUGUUAACAUGGAGGUUCUAUCAGAAUGUCUGCGUUCUCUGCUGCUAUGCUCUGUGAUGGUACUCUGCAGAUCCCGGGAGGUACAUAUGCCUAGUGGUCCAUUGUAUCGUGUUGAAGGAACUUCCAUUUCAAUCCCCUGCAAUGUAACUGGAUACGAGGGUCCGUCCACACAGAACUUUGAGUGGUUUAUAUACAAACCUGCUGCUCCUGACAUUUCAAUCUCUAUAGUCAGUACUAAAGACCCAGCCUUUGCGUACGCUGUGUUUGUUCCCCGCGUGAAGAGUGGUGACGUGUCCAUCCAUCGAGUAAGUGGAGACAGCGUUGAGCUACGCGUUAGGCGUCUACUGAAAGAGGACAGCGGCGUUUAUGAAUGUUAUACCCCUACUACAGACGCAAAAUAUCUUGGAAGCUACAGUGAUAAGAUUCUACUAAAUGUUAUUCCAGAUGCCCUGCAAGUUUCAACCAAGUCCUCACCCAAGGGUCGCCUUGCGUCAUUACCACCUUUGCAGGUAACCCUAACAGAGGGUAGAGAGCUUCAUUUGAGCUGCACGGCGCAGACCGAGUCUGACCAGCAUACUCACCUCUCUGUUUCUUUUGGAGUCACUGCCCCAGAAACCCCUGUAGGGCGACAAACCUUGCAGGACAUUGUGUUGGUACAGCGAGAUUUCAGUGUGGAGCCAGCCUCGCCAGCUUAUACUGAGCGGUACCUUAAUGGGGAAAUCCACGCGGAGAAAGGCGACAGUGCCACCUAUAAGAUGUUACUCUCCCGGGCACAACCACGGGACUCGGGUACAUACCACUGCACAGCAGCAGAGUGGAUCCAGGAUCCCGAUGGAAACUGGCAAAAAAUCAAUGAGAAGAGGUCUGUCCUGGCUGAGGUCAACAUCCAAACAAUCGAUUCCCAACUGAAAGUCAGUGCUCAACCCAGAGAAAUUCAGGUGCGUUCUGGAGACACAGUGGAGAUUUUCUGCAAUGUAUCAAUGUCUGUUCUGCCUCCUCCUGAUGUGGCGUUUAAUGUUGAAUGGUGGGUGGCCUUCUCCCCGGAUUCCGGCGGGCAGCUUGUGGCUGCAAUGAGCACGGAUGGAAUUGUGUCAUUGGGAACGAGGUACACAGGGUAUGAUGUUGGAGUGCGGCAUAUCUCUCUGGAGAAGCUGUCGCCUAACCCGGGGUCUUUCCGCCUUCGUAUAUACUCUGCCCAGCCAGGAGAUGUGGGGUCGUACACUUGCAAGGUCAAAGCGUUUGUGUCAUACCCCAGCCAGAAGAUGGAACAAGUGUCCAGCAAAGUGUCGCAGAGUGUAGCAGUGAAAAUGAGGACUCAAGAUGUUAUGCUGAAUUCCUACAUGUUUAUGGACUUGCCCACACUGCACCGUGGAGACACUGCCACUCUAUUCUGCAAUGUUACUGUCGACACAGUGCAGCCGGUCCACAUUGCGGUCAGCUGGUGGGUGGAACUGAUUGAGGAGUCACCAAAAGAGACAACUGGUCAUUUCAUAGCCUCAGUGAACCGGCAAGGUGUAUCAGAAAUCGGGACCCACUUCUCUCAAAGAGACAUGAGCAUGGACAAAGUGGGACCAGAAACUCAUCGGCUACGUAUUUAUAACAUCCAAUUUGAGGAUGAAGGGAAAUACCACUGUGCAGUAAAUGCCUGGAUCCAAUAUCCUGACCACAGCUGGUACAAUGCCGCAUCUGUUAAGUCCAACUCAGUCACAGUAUAUCCCUACUCACAGGUUAAGGAUCUUCUUCUGAUCCCAAUGGUUGCCGGAGUUGCCAGUGCCCUGUUUGUUGGUAUCACUGUAUUAUCUGCAGUAACUUGCUGUUACAUGAGACAACUUCGAAAGCACAAGAGGUGAAGCUCUCGGAGUCUCUACUACAAGGAGACAAGACCGGACAAGUUCUCAGUUCACACUCCCCCAUCAAGACUUUGAACGGAAUUAUGUGAAUUUACAUACAGGAAAAUUCCCACAGCCAGCAGCAAACCGGACCAACAGGAUUUGCCUUCGAUCGAGGGCUGUAUGAGCCAACGAUUUGACGCAUGGCUUGAAUGGAGCCAUUUUAAAAUUUGUUGUUCAUCUUGUGGUUACAGAUCUAUUUUUGUGGUUUUAUUUUUUUAACUGGGACCGAAAGGAUAAACGUUUGGCGUUCACUUCUCUCCAGACUGUAAAUGAUACGCGGCCAUGUUACCAGCUAUAUUAAAGUGUAUUUUCUCACUAGCUAACAGAAUAGAUAUCUACAUUUCGGUAAAAAACAAGCACACUUAAUUAUUUAUCCUGGCGGAAGGCUUAGUAACGCAGGUGCUGUUGACACUAGUUAUUAGUUUUUUAAAUGUACACAUUUUGAGACAGAUAUAUGGAUUGCUUGUCAUUAAAGAAAAAAAAUAAACCUGUGGAUAAUGUGACAA